AUGACCACAUUAGGUGAUCUGCAUGGAACUCUCCGAACAUUGCCGUACACGAACAAAGAUGUUGCUAACAUUCGCACUAAAUUGAGAAAUGAGGUGACUCACAGUGAUAUGUCAAGAACCUUGGAGUAUUUUCAGAAGCUUCGGGCAGAGAGUCCGCAGUUCUACUUCGCUAUAAAACUUGAUGAAAACAAUGUUGUGAGAGCUCUUUUCUGGGUUGAUGGAAGGACACGUGAGGUGUACAGAAAGUUCAAAGAUUGUGUUUUCUUUGACACCACAUUUUGCACAAGCCGAUAUGACAUGCCAUUUGCACCAAUUGUCGGGAUAAACAACCAUAUGCAAAGCAUCAUGCUCGGGUGUGCUUUAAUACCAGAUGAGAAGAAGGAAACAUUCAAGUGGGUAUUUGAGACUUGGAUGGAUGCUAUGGGUCAAGAGCAUCCAACAUGCAUAAUGACGGACCAAGACACAGCAAUGGCGGGUGCCAUAGAUGAUAUUUUUCCAGGUUUCGAGAAGGAGUUUUUUUAUUGUAUAUAUGGAUCAGAUACAGUUGAAGAAUUUGAGAAUAUGUGGCAGGGAUACUUGGGCACCAGCAUAUUUCAAGAAGAAUUUCUUUCCCUUUACUGGCACAACAGGGAGGAAACAAGGCUGGAUAGGGAGGACAAUGCAGGUUUCUUAGGGGAGCCACAACAGCAGCCUUACAAGAUUGAGGAGCAAGCUUCUAGAUUUUAUACAAGGGCUGCAUUUGCAAAAUUCAGAGAAUUUAUGGAGAUGACGACAGCUUAUAGCAUAUACCCAGUUGUAGGUGAUGGUGUUAAGUAUGAUCUUCAUAGGAAUGAUCCUAGAGCAAAGAAAAUUCGGAUGGUGAUGGUGCAUACAAAUGUCCAAGAAAUACCUGAAAAAUAUUUGCUUCAUAGAUGGUCGGAGGCUGCAACUGUGUGUGAAGCUAAAUGCAAUACAGAGUUUUCAGGGUAUAGCGUAGUUCCAGAGACAAAUACAUUGAGGUACAAUGCUCAAUGCAAGUUGUUGAAUAAGCUUGCAGCGAAAGCUUGUUAUGGCACGGAAUCAUUCAAGAUUUUGGAAGGUGGUGCCGAACAUUUGACCUCUUUAAUUGACAAAUUAAGAUUGUCUGGUGGUGUAGUGGAAGAAGAAGCAGCUGAUGAAAUGGGUGCAGCAGAUAAAAAUUUGAUGAAUCCUCCGCGUUCUGCAAAAAAGGGUCGUCCCGCGGCAAAAGAAAAGAGGAGGAAGCCAGGGGUUGAGCUGCGACAGGAGGAAUCACAGAAAAAAUCGAAGAAAAGAGCGCAGAAUGCAUGCUCGAAGUGUCGUGAAACUGGCCACAUCAGGAGGAAAUGCCCAAUAGAAGCACUAAAAAGAAAGGAAAAAGCUGACCGCGAGGAACGUUUACGGCUCGAGACAGAGCUAACUCUGUGA